CCUCCUGUGGUGUGGACCCAAAAUUUCUUGCAUGUCCACCCACAACCUGCGCCAACAACAAUCAAAGUAUAAGUUAUCCCUUUUACAUCCAAGGAAAACAAGAACCUUUUUGUGGGAAUCCCGGUUUUGGCAUCUCUUGUGGCCCAAAUGGUUUUCCAAUCCUUAAUCUGUCUAUACCCAAUACAUCAUUCACCAAAUAUUUACGAAAAUCAGACACUUCGAGUGUCCAAUACCGCGUUUUCAGUUUCACGACCAAACACCACCAAUUCCAAAGGUUGUCUUCCUCUUCCUCUUACUCAGAAUCUCACUCUUCCUAGUACCCGCGAGUUCGAUAUUGCUCCGAAUCAAACAGACAUUAGAUUGUUCUACGGCUGUGGGUCAUUGCCUUGGCUAGAAGAGCACAAAGUUGGGUGCUUUAACGAAACGAGUUCAGUUCUGGCAUUGUAUAAAGAGGAUAAAAAUAUAAGUUUUGUGUCAAAGAAUUGCCAGGGCGAGGUUGUGGAUACGAUAGUGGAAGAUGGAAUAAUAGGAGGGAAUGAAGAAGCGUUGACAAAAGGGUUUUUGCUGACGUGGAAGGCCGGUAACUGCAGCGUGUGCCACAACACUGGAGGGAGGUGCUUCUGCACUGACAGAGUUCAUUCUGCCAAAUGUGGUCCUGAUGAUGAUCCAGAAGUUGUUUUUAGGCAGACGUUUAGUUUCACAAGUUCACACAGAGACAGAGAGAGUACUAGAAAACUGAGAAAUGAGGCCCAGAAAUUUGAAGCCACUGAUUAUGACACUGAACGCGUUUUCUAUCUGGCCUCGUUGACUGGUCACGUUGAAGUGAAGUGUGAACCUAACCGCUUAAAACGACAUCACCAUUCGUUAACGUUGUCUAAUUGCCUUAUUAUUUCCCACACUCUUUCAACGUCAUUCGAACGCCCCGACUGUGGCUUUUUACCCAUACGGAAUUGUGAAGAUCCACUCCAGUUCAAAAUGAUCCAAUUACAGAAUAAUGGAGAAUGGUUUCGGGUUGUACUCGUAGCUCAGCUUCGGAACAGUUCUAUCAUAACUUUUCAAAUUAGAGACAAACAUCUCUAUGACCUUCUGCAGAACGAAAGUUGUGAAGCUUUCAGAUACAAUUAUACUAUUCCUCCCUUCUUUCACUUUGCUGCUUUACGUAUCCAAUACCACACAACUCUGUUCAGGUGCAAGCGCAGCCUCCAUGUCAGCCCUCCCACGGGCAUGCUUAAUUAUACAAAAUGCCCCGACUACGAUCUCUACUACAAGCACAUCAUCACGGCUGAUGAUGUGUCUCGGAGUUCUUUGGUGGCAUGUACAGAGGUCCAGCUUCCAAUUAAAGACGUGCCUGACGCUAUAAACCCAUUUACCUUUGUAACUGCAGAUAUCAUCAUUCGAGUAGACUUAACUGAUGAAUGUGCAGAUUGCAACUAUCGCCAUGGAGGGCAGUGCAAACUUGACAGCACAGAGAAAUUUUGUUGUGCCAAUGCAGUUAUAAAGAAAGGGUUGACUUUGAAGGCCAAACUGGGUAUAGGUUUAGGUAUUGGAAUCCCAAGCAUGUUGGCAAUUGGGUUGCUGUUUCUCUUUCUACAAUACAAACGAAAAUAUGGUACCUCAGGCGGACAAUUGGAGUCAAGAGAUUCUUAUUCUGAUUCCUCCUCAAAUCCUCAUGGAGAAAGUAGUAGCGAGUACUUUGGAGUUCCACUCUUCUUGUACGAGCAGCUUAAAGAAGCGACAAACAAUUUCGAUCACACCAAAGAACUUGGAGACGGAGGCUUCGGUACUGUCUACUAUGGGAAACUCCCAGAUGGACGUGAAGUUGCCGUGAAGCGCUUAUACGAGCACAACUGGAAGCGAGUAGAACAGUUCAUAAACGAAGUUAAGAUCCUCACACGUUUGCGUCACAAAAAUCUUGUGUCACUCUACGGCUGCACUUCACGGCACAGCCGUGAACUCCUACUUGUGUAUGAAUACAUUUCAAACGGCACUGUAGCGUGUCAUCUCCAUGGUGGAUUAGCGAAGCCUGGCUCCCUACCAUGGUCUACACGAAUGAAAAUUGCCGUAGAGACUGCUAGUGCAUUGGCUUAUCUCCACGCCUCUGACAUCAUUCACCGUGACGUGAAAACAAACAAUAUUCUCCUCGACAACAACUUUUGUGUUAAGGUAGCAGAUUUUGGACUUUCAAGAGACGUCCCCAACGAUGUCACACAUGUCUCCACAGCUCCACAAGGGUCCCCAGGUUACCUUGACCCUGAAUAUUACAAUUGCUAUCAGCUUACUAGUAAGAGUGAUGUGUAUAGUUUUGGGGUUGUGCUUAUUGAGCUAAUAUCAUCCAAGCCCGCUGUUGAUAUGAACAGGAGCAGGGAUGAGAUUAACUUGUCAAAUCUAGCCGUAAGGAAGAUUCAAGAAAGUGCAGUUAGUGAGUUGGUUGAUCCUUCUCUUGGUUUUGAUUCAGAUUGUAGGGUUAUGGGGAUGAUAGUUUCAGUGGCAGGGUUGGCUUUUCAGUGUUUGCAAAGGGAAAAGGACUUGAGACCUUCUAUGUAUGAAGUGUUACAUGAACUGAGGAGAAUUGAGAGUGGGAAGGAUGAGGGAAAGGUUCGAGAUGAGGGUGAUGUUGAUGGUGUUGCAGUUUCACAUAGUUGUGCACAUUCACCACCACCAGCCUCACCUGAGUGGGAAGAAGUUGGAUUGUUGAAGAAUAUAAAGCCUACUUCCCCAAACACUGUCACUGAUAAAUGGGAAAGUAAAUGUACUACGCCUAAUAUCAGUGGUUAAUCAUUUAGUCUAUUAUUAAUUGUUGAUAAUCCGUUUUUAGUUUUUACUAUAUCAACUCUCACCUUAUUAUUAA